AUGAAGCCUGCUGAGCUGGGAUUUCUUCUAGGGCUCUUCAUCUUCUUCUUGGUGGCUACUCCAUUAAUGGGUGGUGUUUAUAAACUUAGCAACAUCAUAUGUGGAGAUCUCAAAGAUCCCUGCAAGCUGGACAAGAAGACUGGCAGCUGCUAUGAAGUCCACUUUAGAUAUUUCUAUAACAAAACCUCCGAAAGAUGUGAAUUUUUUAUCUUCACUGGCUGUGAUGGCAACCUUAACAAUUACAAGCUUAAAAUAGAAUGUGAUACAGCCUGCGAUAAAAAUUUCAAACAAGGGGUCCACUAG